CCCCGCCCCAAGGGGGUCCCAGCACAAACUUUGUCAGGUGGACCCCAGCGAUUGCCUUGCCUGGAGCGCUGCAGGGGAAAGGAGGGCUGCCCAGUUGGCCUCCCGCAAGAAUUCCUCCCGCGUCUGCCCCUCUAUCCGUGGGUCGGUGUGUCUGCAGAGCCAGCUGGAAGCCCUGGGCUCUGUGCACUGUAUGGGACACUACAUCAGACCAAUGGCGGCGGCAGCGACCUUGUCCGGCCUGGCGGUGCGAGUGCCACGGUGUGCAGUGGCCUGCGGCUACUACCGCGCCUUCUGCAAGCGGCUCACACGCACGCUGCUCAUCUUCUUCGACCUGGCCUGGCGGCUGCGCAUGAACUUUCCCUAUUUCUACGUUGUGGCCUCCGUGAUUCUCAACGUCCGCCUGCAGGUACAUAUUUAGAUUAACUAACUUUGUGGCAGUCUCGAGCUCCCCGCAGGAUGACUGACUUCCACCCACCAGCUCACCCUCCCUAGAGCAAAGCCACCAACUGGACUAGCACAUGCAGACUUUGCGGGUCUGUUUCCAGUGACUCAUCUUUUAAUAUAAAUGGGCGGCUAGAAAUCAUGAUUUACUGUGAAAGCCUUCAAUAUAACCAAAAAAGCAAAGCCUAAGAUAUAACGAAAAGUUGACUCUCAAGGAACUGGAUAAUUUAAGGAAAAGAACCUAAAAAAUAAAUGAAAAACUUUUGCAUCCAUAAAACAAAAAAUCAGCACAAACUUUAGGAAAUGACGAUGGGGACAGGAUGCCUUAAGGAAAA